CGUCAAUUCUUCGUCGGAUAUGGCCGCACUCUGGCGCGCCACGCGGCGCGGGUCGACCCUCGGGUCGCACGAAAUAAACCUCAAAAACGCCGCCAACGGCCGCACGGCGCGCCGCGGGCUCCAGACGCAGCACUGGGGCGCGGUCCUGGGCACGCGGACGACGAUGCCCGGCGCGUGUAGCCCCUGCCACGGCGCGGCGGUCUGCGCGUCGCCGCUGCUGCCGAACCUCUACGGCGGCCUCGGCGACGAGUCGCUGCCGCGCUGCGCGGCCUUCUCGCGGCGCCUCUUCUUCCGGAGCCGCCUCGCCGCGAGCAACGCGCCCGUCGUCGCGAACCGGUCCCGCGCGCACCCCGAGGCCGUCGUCGACGGGCGCCUGGCCGCGUCCCUCGUCGACGCCAUGCUCGGCCGCGACGCGCGCGUCGAGCAGGCGCUCCUGGAGGACUGGCGGCGCAAGGCGCGGUGCGCGCCGCAACAGGCGGAGCGGGCCUACCGCGGCGCGCUCGACGCGCUCGACGAGUCGCGGGGCUUCUGGGCGGGCGCGCCGGGCAAGACGCCACCUUUGGCCGUCGGGUUGGUCUUGGCGCGCGUCUGGCUCGCGGCGGCGGACAAGCGGGGCGUCUUCGACUUCGCGGAGGCGGCCCGGAACGCGCGCCCCGGCGAGUUCGACGACGACGCGCUGCCGCGCGUCGACGACGUGCCUCGCUGGUGGACGGGGUUACAGUUCGACGCCGCGCAGCACGGCGCGCUGCUGGACCUGCCGGCGUCGGCGUUCGCGCGCGCGGACGCGACGCGGCUCCGGUCCGAGGCCGCCGCGGCCGCGUGCCUGCGGUACCGCUGGCAGGGCGUGUCGACGGCCGACGCGCGGCGGUCCCAGCGCGUCGCGCCGCCGCCGCUGCCCGCGCCGGCGUCCCUCGCGUGCUCCGGCGCGGCGCCGGGCUCGCCGCCGCGGCCCGACGCGGUGGAGCGGGCCCUGCGCGAGGUCGUCGGCGCGCUCUGCUGGGACGGCCGCCGCUUCUCGCCGGACUGGGCGCCGGCGCUGGCCUCCGCGCCCGCCCGCGUGCGCGACUGGUUCGAGGACUACAACGACGUCGCCGUGUCGCGGGAUCUCGCGAACCAGGACUGGUUCGACCUCUGCAGCUCUUUGGGAGGCAACGUGCAGUACUGCGUGGUCUACGACUCGGACGUCGAGUACCAGCUCCGGAGCACGCGGUCCAACUUCAUGGCGGCGCUGGCGCGCGCGCUGGGGUUGGAGUCGCCCGCGUCGCUGCACUCCGACCCGGCCGUCGUCGCGCCGCGCGGCGGCGGGCCGCGGCUCGACCUGGAACUCGCGGGCAACGAGCGCGUGACCGCGCGCGUGCUCGGGCCCAACGGCGGCGUCCGGUGCCAGGUCGAGGUGCGGCCGCGCCGCGCGGUCGUCGAGCGGAGCCUGUGCCGCACGGUAGACGACUUCGCGGAGGCCGCGCGCGUGCCGCCGUGGGCGAAGCGGCUCGAGCUCGUGUCGAACCGCGACGCGGACGUCGUCGCGGACGCGUGGACGAAAGCCGACGCGCCGGGCGCCUGGCCCUUGCUGCUCGCGUGCUCGCCGCAGAACGUGCUGAGCCGCUUCUGCGACCGCGAGUUCCGGGGGGUCUCGGACGACGCGACGCUCCUGGACGGGUUGCUGCUGGGCGCGACGCCGCCGGGCCGCGCGGGCAGCCUCGCGCGGGCCCGGGCGGCCGAGCGCGCCCUGGACCGCGGCGGGCGGGCCUGCGUGGCCGUCGUCGCGCGCCUGGCGCGCGACGAGGCCGCGGCGCACGGGAGGCAGCGCGCGCCGACGGACUGGCGCGACCGCGUCGCCGAGGCCGUCUUCAGUAGCCGCGCGCUCCGCCGGCCGGACACGAAGCAGGGCGCCGCCCGCCUCUUGGAGGGGCCCCUCGAGUUCCUCCACUCGAAGGACGCGGCGUCCAUCGCCGCGCGCCACGACGACAUCGGCUGGCUCCAGCGGCUAAAAGACGGCGGCCGCGCGGCCGCGCUCCUCGCGCGCGACGCGCGAUCCAGCCUGUCGCCCCUGGCGCACGCCGCGCGGUCCGACGCGGCGAACGCGACGCGGUUCCUCCUCGACGUCGCCGCGGCGGCGGACCCGGCCGCGCGCGGCGACCCGCCGCCGGAGCCGUUGCUCUUCGCGUCCCAGGCCGGCGCGCUCAAGGCGGCCUACCUCCUGCUGCUGCGGGGCGCGGACGCGAACGCCGCCGACGACCGCGGCGUCGCGCCGCUCCACCUCGCCAAGUCCGUCGAGCUCGCGAAUCUGCUGCUGCAGCACGGCGCGGACCCGAAGCGCCGGAACCGCAGGGGUCACACGCCCCUCGACGUCCUCCCGCCCCACAUCGUCCGCUAUCUCAACCAGCAAAUGCGCCGCCUCACCAACACGUUGCGCCGCUUCUCGUCGCGCCGCGGCGCCGCGGACGCCGACGCCGUGCGCGAGUACGGCGCCGGCCGGCAGCGGGGCCCGCCGCGCCGCGGCCCGCCCGGCCGCGACGGCCGCGGCCCCCGCACGACGGGCCUCGAGGCGAAGCCCGGCGCCGUCGUCUGGGACGCCACGGUGACGGACCCGCGCCCGCUGAACUUUGGCUUCGUGCGCGACGACACGAAGAACGCCAUCCACGCGGCCCACGCCGCGGACCCCGAGACGUGGACGGUCGAAGCCUUGGCCGCGAAGGAGAAGCUGCCCGAGGACCGCGUCAAGGCCAUCCUCGUGCUCAAGGACCUCGAGGCCGACGCGCGCGCGACCGGCGAGCCGCUCAUCGGCGAGGGCCUCCAGGCCGAGUUCGAGGAGAAGGCCGCGAAUUUCCUCAAGCAGCUCUCCGCCAAGUACAAGGUCCCCGUGAAGAACUGCGGCGACCGCCGCGACGACGCGGGCGUCAUCCUGGCGACGGCGACGCGCUACGAGCUCAUCGAGGACGGCGACGACGAGGCGGCGGUGCUGCGCCGCGCGAGCGAGCGCCUCGACGCGGCCAAGGCCGCCGCGGAAGCGCGCGACGCGGACAUGCGCGCGGCGGCCAAGGCGCGCGCGGUCGCGCCCCGGGCCGCCGACGCCGCCGAGCGCGGCGCCUUCGCCUUCCGCGACCUCGACGCGCCGGACAAGCCCACGCGCAUCGUCCAGCCGGGCCUCGGCGCCGCGGCCCGCGACGCGGACGCGGACGAGGAGACCCAGCGCUCCUGGACGAAGAAGCCGCCCUACUGGGACAUCCACCGGCGCCAGCGCCAGGUCGGCGCGCCGCCGACGCUGGGAGGUCGCACCGUGCAGGGGCGCGACUUUGAGAUCAAGUGGAUCCACGACGCCGCCGACGAGGGCCUCCUGGAAGCCUGGCUCAAGGAACGCGGGCAGAGCGUCGGCGAUGGCAGUCGCGAGGCGCUGAUUCGCGCGGCGCGGCACUGGCGCGGCCUCGGUGAGGAGGGCGACGACGCCUUCGAAGAUAAAGGCGUCGUGCUGCCCGAGGCGCGGGCCUGGAUCCAGGCCGUGGCGGCGAAGGAGGCCGCGGAGCGGGAGCGCGAGAAGGCGUCGACGGAGGCGCAGCUCGCGCGCCUCGAGCCCGUGGAGUUCGCGACGACGCGGUGCUGCGCCCGGACGUACGCGACGGGCGUCCCGCUGCUGCGGUGCGCGCGGUGCAAGCGGACGUUCUACGCGUCCAAGGAGCACCAGGAGGCGCACUGGCCGCUCCACAAGCGGAGCUGCCGCCACGUGGACGACGACGAGGCCGCGGGCAUCGCCGCGCUGGGCAUGGCCGCGUGCUUCAAUGCCCUGGCGCGGUCGCUCCAGGCCGGCGGCGACGCGACGACCGCGCUGCUCAUGGCGCGGCUCCGCGCGCUCUUCGACGCCGGCGCCGACGGCGACGGCAACGUCGAGAUGCAGAUCCACACGCUGGGGCGGGGCCUCAUCUUCCACGCCGACGACGGCUUCUUCGACCGGCUCUGGGCCGCGCCGGGCAUGGCCUCGCACCUCCUCUUCGACGACUGGCUCCUCAACGACAUCGAGCGCAAGGAGCGGCGCUGGUUCCCGCUCGGCGUCCCCAGCGAGGACGCGCUCGAGGACAUGGAGCCGGGGCCCGCCCGGGCCGCGGCGGAGACGCUCAUCGCGCACGACGCGCAGACGCUCGGCGGCUUCGGCGGCUUCGGCGGCAGCAAGCCGAGCAUGAAGUACUGCUACAUCUACUUUAACGUCGUCGUCGCCUCGACCGUCCAGGGCCGGCAGUCCAUGUCGAGCGCCCACGACGGCCGGGGCCGCAUCCGGCGCGGCGAGGUCGGCAACGCCGCGAUGGGCCGCGCGAUGCAGCUCUGGGCCUGCCCCUACGUCCGCAAGUGCUGCGGCGACGCGCUCGCGCCGGCGCCGUCGCUCGCCUACACGCACGUCGCCGGCCUCGCCGCCGGCGUGCGCGCGGGCCUCCCCGGCUUCGAUCCCUUCGAGGACGCCCCGGGCGUCGUCGACGCGGCGCUCGAGGAGGCGUCGCAGGGCGUCGCGUCGCAGCACGCGGUCGCGCUCCUCGAGAAGAUGGUCGAGUGCGGCGGCUGCGUCUGGCGCGCGUGCGACGUCGCCGGCCGCGCGCGCGUCGCCGUGGCCCUGGCGUCCUACGCCAUGGACAACAACCGCUACGACGACGAGGGCGGCGACGACGACGGCUACGGCUUCGGCUACGGCCGCACGGUCGUCAAGGGCUCCGUGCUCGCCGGCCUCUUCGCGUGCCUCUUCGAGACGGCGGGAUGCCGCUACGAGGACAAGCACCGCGGCUGGCUCCGCGCCCAGAUCCUGCGCGCCGCCGCGGACGACGAGGCCGCCGUCGGGCCCCUCGGGAAGAACGACCGGCCGCGCGGCUUCUUCCAGUGGCUCCGCAUCAAGGACGCGCGCGCGGCGAAGCCGGCCACGGACGCGGCCGCCGGCGCGCUGCCCGACGACGUCGCGGCGGCGAUCGGCGACUUCGCGGCGCCGGACACGCCCGUCGACUUCCUCCCGCGCCUCCAGGAAUACGACGCGCUCAAGGAGGAGGACGACGACGACAAGCGCGCGGCGCUCCGGCACGCGCGCGGGCCGACGCGCGACGCGAAGUGGCAGGCGAUGCUGGCGUCCUGGCGCAAAUAGUAAGGCCUAGCUG